AUGCAGGUUGGCCCUGCUCUUGCUUCUGGAUGCACAGUCGUUAUUAAACCAUCUCAACUUAUGCCCCUAACAGCACUUGCUGCGGCUGAAUUUGCACUUCAAGCUGGCGCUCCGGUAAGGGAGUUUUCUAAUCAUCUCUGUGUACUUUCUGAUAUUUGUAUCUUUGCCAUUUGUAGUGAGGAAAAUAAAGUUCACAGGAUAACAGCAGUUGGGAAGAAGUUGAUGGCAGCUGCUGCAUCUACUGCAAGAAGGAAUAGUGGCCAGACAUGUGUUUGUAUAUAUGAUAAAUUUGCUGAGGCUUUUUCUGAAGCAGUACAAAAAUUAGAAGUAGGAGAUGGCUUUAAGGAGGGGACACCCAGGCUAAUUGCUAUCGAAUCUAGGUCAGCAGAUUAUUGGUACCUUGUUCCUAGUUCUGUCAACUGGCAUAUACGAUAUACCAAGCUACUUGAUUUAAGGUUACUCUACUACUUUGCUGUAGAGUCAUUCGUACAAGAUGCUGUUUCCAACAGAGCAAAAAUCAUUCUCGGCGGCAAAAGGCACAGUCUAGGGAUGACUUUUUAUGAGGCUCUACUGGAGGAGAUUUUCGGACCAGUAGCUCCCCUUAUUCGGUUCAUAACCGAGAAGGAAGCUAUCAGAAUCGCUAAUGACACUAUUGCAGGUGGCUCCAUUGUGGGGGAGUGA